AUGGAUCCCGAAAACCCAAUAGAACCUGCAAGCAAAAAACGAAAAACAACAACGGAUCUCAAACAAUGGAUCACCAACCAAACCAACGUCGGGCUGGAGAUCACAAAGCAACUCCUUCAAACCGAGUUCAAGAACACAAACAUGGUAUACUCGCCGCUAUCCAUCCACAUCGUCUUGAGCAUAGUAGCCGCCGGGAAACGUGGUUCCGAUCUGGAUGGGUUUCUUUCCUUUCUCAAGUCCAAGUCCGUCGACGACCUCAACUCCCUCGCCUACUAUCUCACCACUUCCGUUCUAGCCGAUCAAUCGGCCAAAGGCGGGCCAUGUUUGAACUUGGCCGUUGGUUUAUGGGCAGACCAGUCUGAACCUCUUGACGAUUCUUACAAAGAGGUGGUGUGCGAGUCUUACAAGGCUGCCCUAGAGCUAGUCGAUUUCAAGGCCAACCCUGAUAAAGUGAGAGUCGAAGUGAAUUCAUGGGUGGAGAAGAUGACAAAAGGCCUCAUCACUAAUAUUCUUUCUCCAAACGCAGUCACCAACCGAACAAGACGCAUCUUUGCCAAUGCUUUGUACUUCAAAGCCUCUUGGGAUGAGCGAUACAAGUUUUAUGAACCAUACACAAAGAAAGAGGAUCAUGAGUUUCACCUUCUCAAUGGGGACUCAAUAAAGGGAGUACCUUAUAUGACGAGCAGUGAUUCCCAUUUUAUGAAGGCUUUUGAUGGCUUUAAAUCUAUGUGCUUGCUUCUUCCAGAUACAAGAGAUGGGCUGCCAGCUCUGGCUGAGAAAGUUUGUUCAGAGCCCGGUUUUAUAGAUAGUCAUCUUAGCAGUUUAAAGCUAGACUGGGUUGAUGUGAGUGAAUUCUUGAUUCCAAAGUUUAAGUUUUCUUCGGCGUUUGAAACCUCUGGUAUUCUGGAGAAACUAGGACUGGCGAAUUUGUUAAACCCUCCUGUGAAAAUAUUUCAUGAAUCCUUGAUUGAAGUUGAUGAACAUAGUACAACAGCUGCAGCUGCUACUGUUUAUGAAGAUUAUUUAAUGUGUUCAAGUGGUGAUAUUGUUGAUGAGCCUCGAAGAAAAGAAGACUUUGUGGCAGAUCACCCAUUCAUAUUUGCCAUCAUGAAAGACAGUACAGUGCUGUUUAUGGGACAUGUUCUCAACCCCCUCGCAGGCUGA